AUGCCUCUAGGUGGGUUCAUGGAGGGAGGGGAGAGUGUAUUAGAUGCCAUCUUUGAAGAGGAUAAUCUUGAAGAUGCCCAAGAUAUUGAGAUGCUUGAUGUAGAAGAAGGAGAGUUGGUUGAGCAGACUGCACCAAUUGACUUGGGAGAAAAUGCUGGCAGAGAUGCUAACAUUAUAAACCAAGAUUCUCGAAGUAAAAAUCCAAGACGUAGAAAUAAAAAGAGGAAGAACAAGAGAAAAAAAGGCAGUUCAGGGCCAGAUGCCACAGACAUCAACAGGAAAGGGAGUUCACACUGGAGGGCUAACUUUCUCUCUAUAUUUUACAUCCGCAGAUUUGUGUUAGAUGUUUGUAAGCGCUUGAAAGAGAAGAAGUCUUACCUGGUAUAUACUGCUGUGGGUGUUUUGGGUGUAUCUGCUUUGAGUGAUAUUGUCAAAGAGUGUGCACGGAUGGAUAAAGUCACAAAGGACAGGGCCAAACUUUGGCGUAGGGGUGCGUUGACCUUACCCCAUGAUUCAUAUGCCAUGUUGAAAGGUCAGAAACUAUCAACCUUUUGGUUUCAGUUGCAAGCAAGAAAUAUUCACUUGGUUAUUGCAAUGGAAGGUGAGAUAUUGGAGUUACAGUUGAUUUUGGAACAGCCUAGAGCUGACAGUGUUAUUCCCUCUAUAUAA